AUGAGCACGGAAAUGCUUCUGACCAAGAUGUCAACCAAAAUUCUUCUAUGCCUUCAGUUAUUCCUGUACGCUGGCAUUUGCCUAGCCAAAGCAUCGAUUCUCUUCCAAGACGCAGCUGCGGUCAUUUCCUUCGACAAAACUAGUGAGACUUUACGGGUGAUCCGCAAUGCCUCCGUGCUUGUCACCGGGGACACCAUUGCAGCAAUCAUGCCAGCGUCAGAGCAUCUUCAACGCCCGGCUAAUACCACCGUUAUACCGUCCGACGGCAAGAUAAUCACCCCUGGGUUUGUGGACACUCAUCGACAUGCCUGGCAGACGGCCUUUAAAACAUUGGGUUCGAACACCAGUCUGGCGGAAUACUUUGCGCGAUAUAGUGAAUUCUCACCGGCCAAGAAGAUCUUCACCCCAGAGGAUGUAUAUAUAGGCCAGUUGACUGGGCUGUACGAAUCUCUUAACAGCGGGGUAACUUCCAUCCUGGACCAUGCGCAUCAUACUUGGUCUAGUGAGACUGCACUGGCUGGCCUCCGAGCCUCGGUGGACAGCGGAGCCAGGACCUGGUGGUGCUAUGCCUUUCAUAAUCUCAGCGACGCGACCUGGGCUUCCAAUUAUACCCGAGAGGAUCAGAUUGCCGAUUUCCUUCGCAUUGCCGAGCAUGGUCCAUGGCGAAAGAGCGACACUGUGUCGCUAGGGAUUGCUUAUGAUAACUUCGCAUUGGAAGAUGCUGCCGAGAUUGAGCAGAUCACCUCCUUGGCAUUGUACGAGGCUUCCUCGAUUGAGAUACGCAGGGCUGACUUUAUUUCAGGUCGCAAAACGUUUCUGCAUUCACAAUACACUACCUUGGCGGUCCUUGGAGUUUACAACUUUCUCAACACAUCUAUCCCAAUUGUCUUUUCCCACGCCUCUUACCUGACAGUGAAGGACGCCGAGCUGCUUCGCUCAACAAACCAAUAUAUUUCCAUCACUGGGGAAUCAGAGCGACACUAUGGACACGACCACCCAAGCAGCCCGUACAUUAUGGACCAAUCCUCUCUGGGAAUCGACACCCACUUCACCUACAGCGCCGAUAUCGUCGGACAAGCGCGCAUGUGGCUGCAGGAGGUGAGGCUUCGCCUGUACGCUCAGGUCCUCGACUGUUGGGACAUUCCUCCCAAUAACCCCAUGUCUGUCGAACAAGCAUUCUUAUUGGCAACUCGUGCGGGCGGGCUUGCACUGCGUCGUCCAGACAUUGGUGUACUUGUCGAAGGCGCAAAGGCUGACCUCGUCGUCUUUGACGGUACCUCACCGAAUAUGCUGGGUUGGGUUGACCCGGUGGCAGCGGUGAUACUGCACUCUAACCCCGGGGAUGUGGAGCACGUCCUUGUAAACGGGGAGUUUCGGAAACGCGACUUCAAGCUCGUCGUCCCUGGUAACCUCGCUGAAAUCCAGCAGAGAUUUCUUGCCUCUGCUAGGCGCAUCCAAGAGGUGUGGAAGCAAAUGCCCCUUCCUGUAUUGGAGGGCUCGUUUCCGAACACACCAGGUGUUAAUUACUCCAAAGCUGUGACUGCCGAUGUGGUGCGUGGGUGGCAAAAUGGCUAUCUAUCAUCUUGA